UUAAUUGAAGACGAACGACAGACAGCAGAGAAGAGAAAAGUUUUGUAAUUUUCCUUAAAAAAUGUAGUAAAAAUUGUUUAAUUUACCAACAAGUGUUAAUAAUUUUAUGAAAUCCACUUUAAAUAAUAAAAAUUUAUAGAAUUUAAAUGCAUAAAACCUAAAGAACGUGUAAAAAUAAUUGAAAUUAAUGAACAGAAUUACAUAGAAACAAAACAUGCGUGGGUUGCAACAUCAGUUUAAUUCAAGGCAAUUUUUCUAAAAUAUUUUAUGUUUUUUCCUAAGUUAUUGUGUGUUUUUUUAAGUGUUUUAUUUAUAUUUAAGUUUGUUUAAAAGUUAAAAGAAAAUAAAUAAAUUUUGUUCAGCCUGCAAAGAGGACAUUGUCGCCAUGUCCUCCCCGAAUAAAACAACAAAAUCUCCUUCAAACCACAACACCAACUCACAAAGUUUACCCCGUUUAACUACCACUUGUGCGGGUUGUCUUAAUGAGUUACUCUCCUCCCGAGAAGAGGAUUGUGUGGUUGCCUUAGGCCAGGAAUGGCAUGCUGAUUGUUUCCGCUGUUCAGUGUGUGAUCAUCAUUUACACAAUUGGUAUUUUGAAAAGGAUGGUUUACUAUUUUGUCGGGAUCAUUACUAUCAGCGUUUUGGUGAGGCUUGCCAACAGUGUAGUGAUGUUAUUUCCGGACCCGUAAUGGUGGCGGGAGAUCAUAAAUUUCAUCCGGAAUGUUUUUGUUGUUCGCAGUGUUCUUCGUUUAUUGGUUAUGGUGAAGCCUUUGCUUUAUUAGAGCGCUCUAAGCUGUAUUGCGAUGUCUGCUAUAGAAAACUUCUUUAUACUGAAAAUAAUUCUAUAGAUGGCCUCGUUAAGCCUUUACAUUCCAUACGUUUGGUGGAAAUACCCAAAGAUAUAACCACCAGUUUACGUUUAUCGGUAGAUAAUAUUGAUGGCUCAACGUCUUGCAAUGCCACAACUGCUGCUGCUGCUGCUGCUGGUCAUCAUUUAAGUGGCGACAAUUGGAAUUCUUCUAUUUAUACAAAUGCUUCAUCAGCUUCGUCCAUCUCACAUUUAGAUUAUAUGAGUGGCAAAGGUCUUUUGGCCGGCGGUAGCUCUAGUGAUUUGUGUCCUGCUAUACGUAUAUCUGAAUUCAUGUGUAGAGUGUAUGGACGUAUUGGCAAAUACGUUUUCUCCCUAAUAACCUCGAUAAUCGAUCAGUGUUGUGGGUCUUAUAGAAUUGAUGUUAAUCUUACUAAUCUUCAUGUGGGCGAUCGUAUAUUGGAAGUGAAUGGCACUCCGAUUAGUGAUAAUUCCAUAGAACAAAUUGAUAAAAUGAUAAGAAGUACGGAAAUCUUGCAGUUAACGGUGGAGCAUGAUCCCAUACAAGUGUGUCGCAGUUGCAGUCAUGUGGAUAUUAAAAAGGUAACCAGUGAGGUGUCACUACCUUUGGCUACCUCCGCCUCUAGUGUAGAAGUUUUUGGUCGUAACUAUGACAGUGGUGGCAGUUGUACUACCAACACUACCACAGCCACUACCACAGCCACUACCCCUACAACUAGUCCUUUACAAAACAAAGAUGGUUCACCCACACGUCUUACCAAACAGGAUAAGGACCGUAUUUAUAAACGUAAAGAUGAGGGCUAUAUAAGUGGCACUAAGACACGUCAAUUGCGCAAUAAGGCAGCCUGUAUUAAUAACAAUAACCAGCAGCAGGAUAAGAACAAUUCCACCUCCAUGUCUUUUAGAGGUAAAGAAAGAUGUUCUAGUAUGUCGAAGUUAAUGGGAGAUCAGCAUACAGCUCAUACCGAUCGCAUGUAUGAUUUAACACGCACCACUUCGUUUCGUGUAGAGCAGAAACCUCAAAGAGUAUUUCGUCCUUCGGACUUGGUGAUAGGCGAGUUAUUGGGUAAAGGUUUCUUUGGCCAGGUAUUUAAAGUUACGCAUCGCAUUACCAAGGAGGUAAUGGUUUUAAAGGAAUUACAUCGCGUAGAAGAAACAGCUCAAUUGAAUUUCCUUAAAGAAGUGGCCGUUCUCAAGUCUUUGAAUCAUAAAAAUGUUUUAAAGUUCAUAGGGGUCCUUUACAAAGAGAAACGUUUACAUUUGGUUACUGAAUAUGUGGCAGGUGGUUCUCUAAAAGAACUAUUACAUGAUUCCGGCUUACCUUUGACCUGGCCAGAACGUAUUUCCUUUGCCAAGGAUAUAGCCUGUGGCAUGUCUUAUUUACAUUCCAAAAAUAUCAUACAUCGUGAUUUGAAUUCUCUUAAUUGUUUGGUUAAAGAAGAUAAAACCAUUAUAGUGGCAGACUUUGGUUUGGCUAGGAUCAUAAACACUUCUCUCAGCAGUAGAUAUAGCGAGAAAUGGCAGUCCUCCGAAAGAUCUAGUUCCCAGGAAGGUGGUGGUAAAUCGAGUCAACAAAAAACAGACGACUCCGCCAACAAUAACACUCCCAACAAUAAUGGUUCGAUGGGUCGCAGUAAAAGUAGAUUGCGACGACAACGUUACACCGUAGUGGGUAAUCCCUAUUGGAUGGCUCCCGAAAUGAUGAAGGGUUUUAUUUAUGAUGAAAAGGUGGAUAUUUUCUCGUUUGGCAUAAUGUUGUGUGAGAUUAUAGGUCGUGUCCAGGCCGAUCCAGAUUUUUUACCUCGUACCCAUGAUUUUGGCUUAAAUCAAAAGGUAUUUCGCGAAAAGUUUUGCUAUCAAUGUCCAGAAGCUUUUUAUAAAAUUGCUUUCCUAUGCUGUGAUCUAAAUCCGGAUAGAAGACCCCCUUUCGAAACGCUCGAAAUUUGGCUAGAAAGUUUACACACUCAGGUGUCUACCAAUCAACCAGUACCUCAGCAAUUGCUCUACGAUAUAGAAAACUAUAUAGGAGGCAGCAUUAGCUCAACGCCAGUAGAUGUUCUAACACCUAAAUCCAAUCUUAGUCGUGAUAACUUAGAUGAAGUGGGCAAAUCGAAUCACUCACUAAGAGAGCUAGCCGACAUCACCAACUUGGAUGAUAAGGAAGUUUUAAAUGCUGCCGCCCCAACAGAAGAAGCAGAAGAAAAAGUGGAGUCCUAUAAACUGCCAGAUGGCAUACCAAAAUCACCACAUUUAGGCAAAGAUUUUUCACCCUCGGGUGAACGUAUACAUAAUAGCCGGCGUGCCCAGCGUAGGCAAAGAUUUUUACAAGCACAAAAUGCCAGUCAGCAACAAAAUGAAGAUGAACGUACGGAUCAGGUAUUGCAAGCUGUAAAGGAUAGUCUGCAACAGGAAAGUGUACGCAACAGUCGCCGAAAAUUGGACAGAGGCUUUGUGUUGGACAUCAGUCGCAGUGGAGUGUUAAGCAUCAAUAAU